CAUUUCCAUCCGCAAUCUCUUCUUGGACUUGCUCUUCGCUUGGUCUAUAUUUUCCUUUAUUCUUUACAAGAGUGGGACGGUGUAGGGAAGCUGUUUACCACUGGGCAUUCAGUGCUUAAAGGCUAGAGGCGAAGGUGAGUUUGGCGGCGCUCUUUUUGUGUUGGAAUUACUAGCAGCAUGCAAUCAAGGUUGGCAAGUUGCAACUCGAUAAACACUGACAGACUUGUAUCGCAGAAAGUUCUUUCGCCUCCCGUUCACAUAGAAAGCGCCCAACCUUUUUUUUUCAUUUCUUUUUUGACGUCUCAUGACAAACGGCGCCGUUCUCCCAUCUGCACCCUCUCGAACGGCGUCCCUCCCCGAACAACGUCUUCAAGAACAUACCAGAGCCAGCCAAUACCAACGCAGUCCCCGUAUCCCCAUUCACAUUCAAGACACUGACACCAUGGGUCGUAUACCACUCCCGUCGCCUGCCCUGGUGGACAAGAUUGAGGAAUGGAAAUCAACGGUUCCGUCUUUACGGUCGGUGGAGGUGGACCACAAGGACGAUGAUGCGUCACGCAAACGGACGGAUUCGGGUGUAAGGGGCAUAGCGUCUACCGAGUUCAAACCUUUUGAGAGGGGUGAGACGGUUGGGUUUGGGCGACGGCCUCCGACGAAGGCUACUGGCCCAAGACAAUGGCGGUCGUAUGAAGGUAGCUCAUCCCUUCCACAGGUUAAAGCGACACGAAAACAAGAGUUGGAGGACCAUCGGUUGACGUUGGGGUCCUUGACGGCUGGAUUGGGAUUUGAUGAUAUAAUAUCGCGUAUAGAUAAAGUUCAGUUUUCAGAUUUUUCGGAUGAUCCGGAUACUGCUGGGCGCAAGUUUGCUGAAAAGGUGUUUGGAAGUGUGGAAUGGGAUCGAGGGGGGUCUCCAUCGAGUGGUGGGCGGGUCAUGGGAGGUGGGUUGGACAGAACGGGGCCGUCAACGAGACAAGGGCGCCCAUUACCGCGAUUUGAUGAGACAGGACCGUCCUUUGAUGGAAAUCAAGACAAAAAGACUCUGCCACCCCGGAAAACCUUGGAAGGAGGAGGGAAGCCAGGGUUCUUUGGACGUGUCAUGCCGGGUCUUUGGAAAUCUCCAACGCAACCUACCCGACCCGUUGAAUCCACCGGGAUACUCCAAACUUCUCCCAGUCGAUCUCCUAAACCUCUAUCUUUUUCAAUACCCGAGUCAUCGUCAUCAAAUGAAAAGCCUGUACAAUCACGAGGGAAUACCCGGAGUCUGCAUGUGCCGACCUCACCCACCACUACUACCGUACCGACUCCGCUACAUACCUUUCCGCGUACACCAGUGCGCACCGAAGCGGCCGCACCCGCCGCUGAAGGGCAGCCACCGAUCUUUUCCCAAUUUGCUCGUCAGACGAGUACUGGAUCCUUGUCAACUGGCUCGACGCGGUCAUCCCUGACCCCGUCUGUCAAAUACCGAUUCCGCGAUCAUCUCACACCGCCUUCUUCACCCUCCCCCCCACGUAAAUCCAUUGACGUCUUAGACCGCCCACCCACCCGAAGCAAGAGCCAACGCUCCGGUCGCUCCAGUUCACACUUUUCAAGCCGAUUCCGAUCUCCGAGCCGCGACCGUCCUCGUAAAUCCCUCGAGGCCUCCUCUCGUAAAUCCAGCGACAUGUUUUUCGAAUUUGUUGAUGAGUUGUACUCUAGAGCGGAUAUGUACGGAUUCGUCGUGUUCAAUGAUGAUAAGACACGAGGUGAUAAACUCUCCGAAGCGGCUUUUUUGAAAACGGAAAAGCAGCGGUGUCGCAAGUGGCGGGGAAUGGCUAUUGAGGUUUCUGUUCAUCCUGCUGUUAUGGAGGCGGAUAAAAGGGCCAGGGAGGCGAGUGGAACGCCGAGGAUGUUGUCUGCUGAAGGAGCGAGUGUACCAAACAAGGUGGCCAUUUCCCCAUUGUUUUCGUUCAACAAGAAUGGAAAGUUUUUUUCUCGACUUUUCAAGGGCGUGCCCCAACUCUGGCGUGGUCAUGUCUGGUACCAUCUUAUUACGGGGACGAGUGGACUUUACGAUCGCAUGACGCCCGACCAGAUUGGCAUGGCUGAAGCGGAUUUCAUUGAAAAGUACCAUGAAUUCCAAACCCAACCCUCAGCCCACGACACAGAUAUUCUUUUAUCUGUUUCCAAAACCUUUGGGAACCAUAUAUGGUUUAUGCAGCGACAAGGACCUGGACAAACGGCUUUAACUAGAUUAUUGAAAGCUUAUUCACUCUAUGAUCCCGAACUUGGGUUUGUGGAAGGUAUCAACUGCGUGUGUGCCAUGUUGUUGACAGUCAUGGAAGAAGAGCGGGCGUUUAUUACCCUCAUUCACCUCUUCCACACCGCCCCCACCGCACACUACAACCUCCGUCUAAACUACACAACAACCCCACUGACAACCGCCCACGAUCACCUCUUUCGAACACACCUCCCGAAACUCUGGACUCAUUUCCGUCAAUUAGGCAUCGAGACGAGCGAUUAUCUCCCACAAUGGUACCGUACCCUCUUUCUCAGUCAAUGUUCCAUGGACCCUCCUAUCCGCCGGCACCGAUCCGACUCAAUAGGCCCGCAUAAACGCUGGGAAGGCGUCCUUGAUUUCGGUACCGUGUGCAGGAUUUGGGAUUUUGUUGCGUUGGGAGGCUCUGAGGGGCUCUCUAAAAUCUCUGUGGGUGUGCUCAUGGGGCUUGAGAGUUUGUUAAUGUCUUAUGGGCGGGAGGCUAUCUUGCAUAUUUUGAGGUGUGAGCAAGUUGUUACUGUUGAUGGUGAGAGGAUUUUGAAAGGGGUCAAGAGGGUUUGGGGAUGAAAGCGUAGAGUAUGAUAGAAGGGUUUAGUUUUUUGCAAAAGUGGGUCGGUUUUUUGCAUUUUAGUAUUUUUUAGUUGUUUUUUUUGGUGUCGCAUUUUUUUUGAUUGUUUGUGUAUGUGCAUGUUUUUUUCUUCUUUUAGAUGAGGAUAUCGGUGGUAUAUUUUUUUCUUGUAUGUACGUAUGUAUGGUGGUUGUAUGUAGUCGUAUGUGUCUGUAUCUUGGCUUUUUCAAUGAUGGUAUAUUCCCGCAUGCAUA